AUGCCUCUGUCUAAACCAAAGGAGCUGUUAGAACAUGAGCUCAGCUGCCCCAUCUGCCUGCAGCUCUACACGAAUCCCGUGUAUCUGCCCUGUGGCCAUAACUACUGCCUGGCCUGCAUUCAGAAGGCUACAGAUGUCAACGGUGGAGAGAAGAGCCUUCCUCAAUGCCCUGAGUGCAGAGAAGAGUACGGCGGUACAGAGACACUGCAAAGGAACUUCAAGCUCUGCGGCAUCAUAGAAAGCUACAGGGCCGUUGCGCCAGCCGACCACCUGAAGAGAGAGCCGCUGAAGGUGCGCUGUGACCACUGCCUGGACAUAGAGACACUGGCCAUCAAGACCUGCCUAAAGUGUGAGGUGUCCCUGUGUGCCAGGCACCUGCAGCACCACACUGAGAGGGAGUCCUUCAGGACCCAUGACUUGGUGGAGCCCCAGACUGAGCUGGGCCAGAGAGGUUGUGCCAUCCACGGACGCCUGCUGGAGUACUUCUGCGCCAGCGACAUGACCUCUCUCUGCGCCAACUGCUUCAUUGAGGGCACCCACCAGAAUCAUGAUGUCCUGGCGUUCGAGGCAGCCGAGGAGGAAAUGAGGCGGGCCCUGGAGAUUCAGAGCAAGGCGGUGGCCAACAGGCUGCAGCUGACCGAGACCCUGCUACAGAGGGCUGCUGAGGACCAGGGCACCUCUGAGGCUGUGGGAGACAAGCUGCUGUCCAAGUCUGUGGCUUUGAUGGACAGCAUUGCCGGCCUGGUGAGCAGGUACAAGGACAGGAUGAGCCUGCUGCUGGAAAAAGAGAGAGGCCAUCGGAGGGAGAGCUGGCAGAGUGGCCUGGGGCUUCUAGAAGAACAGCAGCAGCAGCUGAUGGAGGCCCAGCAGCGCACCACUGAGGUCCUCACAGAGACAGAGAAGUGUCUGUUCAUCAACAGGUUUCUGCUAAUUGAGCCCCAGCUCAGGGAGGUCAUGACGGGCACCGUGGCCAGAGUGCCCAACAAGGUCCCUCUGAACCCCAAGCGGCUCCAGGCCAGCCUGAGGAUGGAGGACUUCAGGGCAGAGAUGGCUCGGCUCCUCCAGUCUCUCCACGUCCUGCUAAACCCUCUGGAGCUGACCUUUAACCUCAGCACGGCCCACACCAGCCUGCUGCUUUCCAACGACCUGCGGACAGUCAAGUACAGCGGUACCAAGCAGGCCUACGCUGAUAACCAAGAGAGGUUCAGUACCGCUCCCCAGGUCCUGUGCUCCCAGGGCUUCACCAGUGGGGAGCACAUCUGGGUGGUGGAGGUGGGCGACCAGAGCAUGUGGUCAGUGGGCUUGUGCUACAAGAGCAUGCCCAGGAGGGGUGACCACAGCCGGCUGGGGCAUAACACGGCCUCCUGGCGUUUGCAGUGGAAGAACAAGAAGCUGACUGCGUGCCAUGCCUCCUCAAACGUGGCGCUGGCCGAGAUGGCCAAUCAGCCGCUGAGGGUGGAGGUGGCUCUGGACUAUGAGGGGGGAACACUGAUCUGCCACAGCACCAAGGACCGUCGGGAACAUCUGCACACGUUCAGGGCUGUGUUCAGAGAGCCUGUGUACCCUGCGUUCAGCAUCCUCUCCACCAAAGAACAGUCCUGGAUCACGCUACAGAGUGGAGUGUAA